CCGCGGCCCUGGACGCUGGAGCGCGCGCUUUGCACUGCUCAGAGACACUAGGCUGCGAUCCCUCAGUUCCUGCUUGAGGACUCCGGAUCCAGGCUCCACUCGGCAGGUGAUCGCAGGCUUGGUCCUCAAGAUCUGUACCAGCCGGUGUGGUUGUCAGCCCGGUCAGACCCCCGCAGUCCGCCGCUGCAGCCCAACCGGAGGAACUCCUUGACAGGUGCCUCCCCCAGGAGCCCCGGAACGCUGGCCUAGCCAGGGGCGCGCUGAGCCCUCGAUGUCCCCAGCUUUCGCCGGCACCCUCAGGCCCUGAAGAGGCAGCCAGCAUGCCCAUCUCCAAGUACCCACGGAAGUCAGAGCCCCUGUGGAAGGCAUGGGACCAAAAGGCCCAGAAGAACGGACUGAGACACCAGGUGUACAGUGUCGGUGGCGACUGCUACGUGGGCGAGUGGAAGGACAACAUGAAACAUGGGAAAGGGACACAGAUCUGGAAGAAGACAGGGGCCAUCUACGAGGGGGACUGGAAGUCCGGGAAGCGAGAUGGCUAUGGCACCCUCAGCCUUCCGGACCCUGAGACAGGGAAGAACAGGAGAGUGUACUCGGGCUGGUGGAGGGACGGUAAGAAAAUGGGCUAUGGGAUCCAUUUUUACGGACCCAAAGAGUAUUACGAAGGUGAGUGGUGUUGCAACCAGCGCUGCGGGUGGGGCCGCAUGUACUACAGCGAUGGUGACAUUUACGAAGGCCAAUGGUGGAACGACAAGCCGGAAGGGGAGGGCAUGUUACGCCAGAAGAAUGGGAACCGCUAUGAGGGCCACUGGCAGGGAGGCUUGAAAAACGGGCCGGGGCGUUUCUUCCACCUGAACCAUGGUCAGCUGUUUGAAGGCUUCUGGGUGGACGACGUGGCCAAGUGUGGCACAAUGAUGGACUUUGGCCGCGAGGAGGCCCCCGAGCCCACCCAGUUCCCCAUUCCUCAGGUCGAGAUCCUAGACCCCGACGGAGUGCUGGAGGAAGCCUUGGCCGUGCUCAAGAAGGCGGAGGAAAAACAAGGAGACUGAUGCCAGAGAGACUCCCAGAGCUUCAGGAGAAAGUCAAACGCACGUCACCCAACUGCUCAGACCGGUGCGGCUCCCACUGGAGGAGUGCGCUGUGGCUCCGGCACACCCUCGGCACCUCGCUCCUCCCAGCACUGGGUUCUUCUUUGCCAACAGGGUGCCAGCGCUUCUCUCUCCAGCUGGCCUUGGGUACCCUCUUGCUUCAUUCCAGGACCCUACCCCUGAGUGCAUGAGAAUAAAGGAGCACCUGGUGGCAUUAGCCUGGGGCUGGUGGUGUCAGGUUUGGGGGCAGGGGAGGCUGGAAGGGAUCUCAGGGAGAGAGGAGGCAGGCUAGACCCUAAGGGGUGGGGGGAGGUGGCUCUGGGUCUCUGCACUCUUGAAGCACUCGGGAGAGAAGAAAGCCUGCAUCUGGCACACUGGUCCCUAAGAUCUGGGCUUAAACCUGACCUGGCUUCUUGGUCCAACACAAGGGCUCUCAACUUUGGAAUCCCGUGGGAGCUCUAAAAGCCAGAAGCCCAAGAUCCACGCCCGGAAUUUCUCAUUUCACUGGGGUGAGGCCCGGGCCUUCAAAAUCUUCCCCAGAUGAUUCUGACGUACAGAGCCAGGGCCGAGAACCCCCGACUUGCAGGAUCUGUGACCCUUGGCAAGGGACCCCCGUGCCGCCUCUGCAACAUGGGACAUCUGAGGUCCCACAGGGGCGUUUGGAGGGUUUGCUCUCAGAUGUCAUCACGCUGACUAACACGUAUCGAGGUUAAUGGGGAAGCGAUGUCUGCGAAGGGCUCUGCACGAUUCUAAUGCGGACGGCAUUCCUGCGAGAUAAGGGGCUCUUACACAACGAGGAGGGCCAGGAGCUCUGCGGGUCGGACCGCCCGCACCCGGCGCUGUGAAUCCAGCGUGACUUAUCAGCUGUGCGGUCUCGGGUACGUCGCCCCACCUCUCCGUCCUCCAGGUUUCCUCUCCUCUAAUAUGGGACAAUAACGGUAUUUACCGCCCAGUGUUGUUGUGGUUACUGGGAGGAUCAAACACGACACCCUUCCCCGGGGCAUUCAGUUUGCUGGCUGCAAUGUAAACACGCCACCAAAGAAUGAUUCAGCCGGCUCUCCACAGUGGCACCCCGAAAUACCAGGAGGUAGGGGGGCAUCGCCGGGCGCCUGGUGCCUAGUAAAGGGUCCAUAAAUACUGACACAGUCAGGUUCUGCUUCUAAACUGUAACGGGGUGGCCUGACACCAGGAAGCUGAGCCUGGCCUCCUCGGGACACGGAAUUAACCAGACAGACCCAGAGCGCUCACUCGGGGGCCAGGUGCUGUGCUGAUGGCUUUGCGUGUGUCCCAUCCCCUGGCCCUCAGCAACCUGUGAUGUUCUGCUAUCACUCGUCCCACUUUAGAGGAGGAGACGGAGGUCCAGGGAGGUCCACAAGUCGCCACCUGGAGAGUGACUGUACUCACAGGCACACUUAUCUGCAGUUACAGUCCAGAACCGUGUGCACAGGGCACCUUUUUUUUGCCCCCCCCAGAAAAAGGGGGUACGUGCCGGUUUACGUAUAAUCUCUCUCCCGGAAGCAGAGUGGGAAACCAAAUGAACUGGCAACAGAUGGUCGUCUCUAGGGAGGACCAGGGACGGGGGAGGGCGGCUUUUCACUGUGCGUUUGGAACCAUGCGAGUGUAUCAUCUGUUCAAAACACGA